CUCUCGUGAUUCGAUCUCAUCAUGUAUGCGCAACGACCUCUGGCAUAUGCCCCGACUCCCUACAGCUAUACCCCUAAUCCGGCGCUGGCUGCGUCCAUCAACCUCGAUGAGGAAGUGAAACUAGCCUCCAGCUCCGCGGAGCGCGAUCUCCACGAGUCUCUGGCGGAGAUUUAUAGUAUCAUUGUCACAUUAGAUGGUCUUGAAAAGGCUUAUAUCAGGGAUGUGGUUACGGAAGCGGAGUACACGGAAACCUGCACUCGCUUGUUGAAGCAGUACAAGUCUAGCUUGGGGGACGAUACCGUCGCUAGGGAGUUCGUCGACCUCGAGACCUUCAAACGAACAUGGGGGCUGGAAUGCCCCCGUGCCACCGAGCGUUUGCGAAUCGGCCUCCCUGCCACAGUGGAACAAGCCACGCAUAGUACCGCCGCGGCGAACAUGGCUCCGGCAGCAACAGGCCCGCCAGGCGGCGCAUCUGGCAGUCUGAUCUUGACAGCCACCGAGAAUUUCAUUACCUUCCUCGAUGCGCUCAAGCUGAAUAUGGUGUCGAAAGAUGCAUUGCAUCCUUUGCUCUCGGAAGUGAUUCAAUCCGUCAACAAGGUCACGGAUGCGGAUUUUGAGAACCGGGGCAAGAUCAUUCAGUGGCUUAUCACUCUGAACCAGAUGCGAGCGACCGAGGAACUUAGUGAGGAGCAGGCUAGGGAGUUGUCAUUUGAUAUCGAGCAAGCGUACAUGGGUUUCAACCGAGUCAUCCCUUCGCAUCUCGACACCAUGAUCAGCGCCGAUCCCGACGAGCCUAUCCAUGUGCUCGAUCUUCCCCAGAUCUAUGCGAAGCCCUCAGGCACCGAACUCAUCCAAGCCCUCACUCUUCUGUCAGUGAAGCCGCGAAGCUUUGGUCCCAAAGCCCUUGAAGCGGUGAAGAGUCAGACCGUCCACCCGGCCGGUAUAACCCGCUAUCUGACAUCCAUCAUCUCGAGUCCGCUGUCAUGGCUCGAUACCGAUGAGCUUCGGGAGGCUGUCUGGGAUGCCGCUGCAGCCCGACUCAGCGAACGCUCAGGUCGAACCGCGAUGCCCGCCAUGUCCCGAGUCUUCAUGAUCCCGACCUCCGAUGGCGAAGAAUACACCCUCACCUUGCACGAGCCGUCUCUCACGGCCGACAACCUGGGUAUGAAAACCUGGGUUUCCUCGUACCUUCUCUCCAUCCGCCUCCACUCCCUCCUCGAAUCGCCCCCGCAACUCGUCCCCGUCGCCACCACCACCCCGAAGCUCCACCUUAACCGCACCCUCCGCGCCUUGGAACUAGGCGCAGGCACCGGUCUCGUCGGCCUCUCCUUCGCCGCUCUCCGCGGCCAAUCCGCCAGCAUCCACCUCACCGACCUCCCAGCCAUCGUGCCGAACCUCGCGCACAACGCCGCCCUCAACGUCGAGCUGCUCACCCGCACCGGCGCAACCGUCACCACCGGCGUCCUAGACUGGUCCGUGGCGCCCGCGCCCCUCCCCACCCCCGAGCAGCAGUACGACCUCAUCCUCGCAGCCGACCCGCUAUACUCGCCCAACCACCCGAAGUGGCUCGUCGACACGAUCACGCACUGGCUGAGCCGGGGUCUCGACGCCCGCGUCGUCGUCGAGAUGCCGCUGCGUGACGCGUACAUCCCGCAGGUGCAGGACUUCCGACAGCGGAUGGGCCAGCUGGGCCUCGCGGUCGUCGACGAGGGCGAAGAGGUCGGAUACGAUGACUGGGAGUCGGCCGACGGAGGUGCCCUCGAGGUCCGAUGCUGCUUCCCCAUCUUUUCGCAAACCGGCGUUAAAUCUCCACUCCAACCACAAACACAAUCUCCUCUCCUCGAAAACACUUACUGCUUUAUUUACCAUCAAAACGAUCUUCAACAACAAACCCACCUAAAACCGUCCACGAUGGUCAUCGGCCUCCUAAUCCUAUCCGCCAUCCCCACCGUGACAGGCGUGUCGCUCGCCUCGAACGAACAGCGCAAAGCCAAUGAGCGCAAGAACGACGAGCGGCGCAUGUCCAAAUUCUAUAUCGACGUCGCCCCACCACCUUAUAACCCUGAGGAUCCAGAGGUACAUACCAAGCGGGUGGUCUUACGGGAUUUCAAGGUAUACCUCGAUGACCCUGACCCCGCGAAACGAGAUCCGCCCGCGCAUACGGCCCAAGCGUUCUAUAUUGAAUAUCCCGAGUUUGAUCAUAUGAAACACUUGAAGCGCGGAUUCGGGGUCGCGACGUCUAUUUCGGAUAACCCACCGAUGUUGGGGUGGAUUUAUGCGGACAAGGAUACGCAUGAGCUCAAGUAUGGGAAUCGGACGCAGAGCUGCGAGCAUGUUGUUGGGCCGUGGGAUUGGGUGGAUGAUGAGACGACCUUGACGCUGGAGGGGAGUCGGGGGUUUGUUGCUGUGAAGGAAGAAGAUGGGUCCUGGGGCGUGUACUACGAUCGGGAUGGCGAUGAGUUGGAAGGGGUCUUGGAGGAGCAGGGCAAAUUGGACAAUGAGUAUCUGCUGCUACGGCUGAAGCGGAAUUUGAUUGAACAGCCUGAUCAACAGAAUAAAAACAAUAAUACUUGA